CGCAGACCGUUGCGUUGCGUAAAAGUCGUUUGUAAAAUUGGCCAGAAAAAUAUUCCUUUGCGAAUUCUCCUACUUUUCCUGGAAAUUUUGCAAAAUGGACUCAAAGGAGAAAGAUUUGAUGAAUUUCUUAUUGGAGCAAUCCCAGAGGGAUAUUUCAUAUGAAAAACAUCUGGAACGGCAGAAGAUACUGCUGCUUGCCCAAAAGGAAGUGGAACAUUGGAAGCGACUAGUUUACGAAACAGAACGAUUCCGCGAGCAAUGCCUCUGGGAAGACCGUCACGAGCUGAAGCAAGUGUUUAAGCUGAGAAAUCGGGUUUACAAACUCAAUAAGCCGAGACUUAAAAUUGUGAUUGACCAAGGACUUGAACAAUGGAUCAAAGAUGAUGAUGGGGCAGAGAAUGAUUAUCAAUCAGAAAUCAACAAACUUCGAUCGAGGAUUGAUCACAUGAACCUGCAAGCAACGCGUUACUGGGAGGUUUUCGAAAAUGUUCGAGAAUCGAAAAGUCACCAGAUAGUUCAGGAGUCCGCUCGUAAGGUACGAGAAGAGGAGGUGAAGAUUGAAGAGUCUCAGAAGACAAUCGACGACCUGUGGAAGAAAAGUCACGAACAAGCCAACAAAGAGUGGAGUGAAAUGAAACUGAUGAUUGUAGAGUUUAGUCAAUUAUGCACAGAAAGCAAUAUGAUGGACUUGGAAAAGGAAGCUGACUUACAGAAUAAUCAGAUUAAAAAAGUCAAAAUCAUUCAGCUCCACGAGGAAAUCAAACAGGUCAAGAUUGAGCAGGAAGAAGAAGCAAAGCGUCGCGAAAUUGAGCUUAGUGAACGUAUACUGAUUCCGAUAAAGAUUACUCCUAUGACCAUUGAGAAUACUAUGUUCAAGAAUCCCAACGAUUUUCCAGCCCUCAUUGAUAAGAUCGAUAGUACUCGCAAGUCCUACGAGCAGAUCUUCAAGCGCCAGUUGAGAAAAACGAACAAGAAAGGUCGGUCGAAAUGUACCGUCCAUUUUAAUAUGCUGUUCGGUGGUCCGAAGCGUAAGGGUAAAACUCGAAAAACUCAACUUCACCCCUCGGUAACAGCGGAGACUGCAACGAAACCGGUAACCACCGAUGAUGUUGCGACACAUCCGAAGAAGUAUCAGCGUACAGAAGUAUCAGUUGCGAAAGAAUUACCAUCGAAUCCUCCAGACACAAAGCUAGACAAGCCUAGCGUUCAGGUCGAGCGUCACACUACUAAGUGUGCGUCUCAGUCAGAUAAAGAUCUGUCUAAAUCGCAACCAUUACCGUCUACCAACGAAAACAUUCCAACGAAGGAUCCUCCUGUGGCCAAUAAGCGGAAAGCGUCUGACGAAUCUACUGAGGAUCAGCACAGGCCAAUAUGCAACGUCCAAGGCCAGCGAAUCAAGCAACGACCAGCUCAGUCUGUGUCGCAACCGGAACUUCCAACUGUAACUCGUGACAAUGCCAAAUCGGAACCACCGAGAAAGCGUCCCUCCCUAGAAACGCCGAUAUCAGCCUCGACUCCCUCUCAUGUGCAAGACCACCGUGAGUUCAAGAAACCUCAACUAAUGCAGGAGUAUUCUCCCGAAAAGCAAAGCCGCAAAUCAAAGCCGAAAAAGGUCGCAUUCAAGCCGCAACCGGAGGCAUUUGAAAUCGAAUGCGAUAGCUUUUCAUUGUCUCCAGAAAAAUCGGUUCGCAAAAUGCAACCAAGAUCCAAGCAGCAACCCGUCGAACAGGCGCAACAUCGUUCACCCUCUCCACCACCACAGCAAAUGAAACAACAACCGCCGGCAGACCCGAUGGAUUUUAAGUCGCAAGAACAACAGCAAACCGUUGAAGACGACAACUUUUCGUUCGGCAGUGCUUCCCCUUCGUUGGAUUCUCACCAGUCCAAAGAUGACGGCGGAUCCUUCUUCGAUACGGGCAGCAUCUCGUCGUUAAAUAUGGUGGAUCGUGAGAAUAGCAGCGAUCUAGGGUUCGAUUUGUCCCCCGUCGGACCAAGUACGAACAAUCGACGAGAUGAGCACGGAGAAGGAAGUGGAAGCGACGGAAAUACGUCGGAUUUCAAUUUUCUUGCAAGUCCACCAACAUCGGCUGCCCCGCCUGGAUCACAGAGUGGCGGUAGGAAAGAUCAGGACUGUUUCGCAUUUACAGAUAAAGAUAGUGGAACGGGAUUUGAUUUCUUUUAGAAUAUUCGCUGAACUGGAACGAUCUCUGUUGAUUAUGCUGGAAAUAAUUGGUUUUGAGAUUGAAAUUGACCAUUUCGUUAUUUCCGGGUACCUUUACUGAUUUUGUCAUUGAACUAGUUCUUAGUUUAAGCAUCCCACUCAUUCACCUAUUGCAGUCGCCACUUGUUAUUCACUAAAGAGAAGAAGAGUUAUCUAUAUUUUUGUGGCAAGAGCAUACAAAGAAACACAUACUGUUAAA